AUGGCAUCGUGGCCGUCGCCGCGCGGGCGUUUGCUUGGACGCGCUCCGGAAGACUGCGGACGAGGCGCAAGCGAUGAAGCGAAACCAGCUCCGGGGCUCACGCUCGAUGAUUUGAUCCUCAGACGAGGGGAGAGUGCGAAGAAGAGCACGGUCGGGGUGAACGGCGGAGCGAACGGGGCGGAUCAAGGCGAGAAGAAGUGUGGCGGCGGAGCGCUGUUUUCGCGCGCGCGAGCGCCCGUGGUGGUCACGGGAUGGCAAAAUUCGCACGCCACUCGAGGACGAGGGAACGAUGACGAAGGGAAGGAUCGUAACGAUCGGUCGACCGCGUUCGGUGGCGAUCGUGGCGCGUCAAACGCUGACGAGCGAAGAGCGGUGCGACGGCCGACGGAUUUGGCGGAUGUGCGUGUUGCGGUAGGAGUUGUUCGCGACGCCGUGGAUUACAACGCCGGGUAUCUUUCUCCUAACGACGUGAAUGCCGAUUUGGACGGCCCACCCUCGCCUGUGCGCGGGUUCACGCAGAGAUUGAUGUCGCUCGAGGCGUCUCCGACGCCGCGAGGAAAGCACUUGCGCAAGAGAGCGACGACGCAUCGAAGCGCAGAGCCCGACGGAUCGUACGCGCUCGAGCGUAGGUUCGAACGCGCGCGGGCGGAUAGAAAGAUGAUGCGAGGGGUGGAUGCGCUCGCGUUUGCGGCUCGUCGGAUGCCGAUGAGUCCGACGAGCAAUUCAGCCGCUCCGACGUCGGCGUCUCGCUUGGGUCAAGCGUUCCGGACGCCGUGUGCCUAUUGGUCGAACGGCGACGUCACGCGCGAUGAACGUGAGCGCAAGGUGUCUCAAAAGCGUGGAAGAGGUCGACCUCCGAAGAAUGCGAGACCCGUCACGCCUCCUUGGUCGGCGGAUGACUACGAAGAUUUCGACGAAGAUUUCGACGGUGCAGAGGAAGCCAAGGAAACGUGGAGCAACGAGGACGAGGACGAGGACGAUCGACGCAUUGCAAGAGAUACUAACAUCGCACGAGCGUUAGAAAGAAUUAGUAGGGGCGCGAAUGUGGCUCCACAGCGCCCGCCGCCGAAGCAAACCUCGAGGUCAAAUGGCUCACGUAAAGGCAAACCAGGUCCGAAGCCUGGCAUGGCGGCAGCAAAGAAAGCAGCCAUGAUUGCUGCCGGAAUCCCCAUCCCGGUGCUACCGCCUGGGAUCAAACGCGGUCGAGGUCGUCCACCGAAAAGCAUGCUCAUCAUCCCCGAUGGACCGGUGAACGCAUACCUUCCGGAUCACGUGAUUCGUUCGGUGGCACAGGUUGACCGAGAAGUGGUCAGAAAGGUGAAGCAAGGACGUGCAUCAAUAGAGAGACCGGGAAAGAUUUCGAUGUACAAAAUGUUCGACGUAGACCCACGAUCGAAUGUCACGGAAGAGAGAACGUCGUGCGAGGCGUGCGGGCGUGUGGACGGCGAGGAUAGGAUGUUGCUCUGCGACGGGUGCGAUCGCGGCUAUCACACGCACUGUCUCGUUCCGCGAUUGGACAAGGUGCCCGAGAGCGAGUGGUUCUGCUACGAGUGCGUCACACAGAAUCGCCCGAAGACGGUUGCUGCCGAGGCUUUCGAACAUCGGCAAGCCGCUAAGGCCCGACAGAGUUUUGGGAGCGAAGAUUCAUCUGUGCGUAUGAGUGACAAAUUGAAACUCAACGGCGAGCCUAAGCGCAAGCCCGGACCAAAACCCGGAUCGAGAACCAAGCGCAUGCAGUUGGACCAAAACAACGAUGAGAAUGCGUUCUACGAUGCUGAGCGGUUUCGCGCCGAAGAAGCGUAUCGCCGACGCCGUGGAGAUGACGUUCAACUGCUCUCUACGGCGAAGCGUCCCGUUGGACGACCGCGCAAAGAUCCAAAUGAGUGGUCCCAGGAACAGCUCGAGGCGCUCCAAAACGCUCAGGUGAACGUUGAUCUCGGACUUAAAAACUUUUGGACGGUCAUAGCGGGUUUAGUCCCCGGGAAGUCCGCGAAACAGUGCCGCGAGAGAGUGUACGGAGCGCUCGGCAUUUCAGAAGUCGGAGACGUCAAAAACAUCGACAGCAGACACGACGGCACCCCGAACUGCGAGCGCGCGCUUCGAACUCCCAAAAGUUAA